GAAGAGGGAGUGAGAAAAACUGACUAUGAACUCUUAAACUAUUGUCGACAUGCUCUUAUUUCUCAAAAGUUUAUACGUGUCUCAUUUUACUUGAUUCGACUGAUAUCCUACUUAUCAUAUAAGUCCACGUGGCGACUCCUCCGUUCUCUUGUAACCUAUAGCCUAAUCCUUCUGAAACCUCAACACAAGAUAAUCCUUCUAUUCUCUACCCUCGAUCUUUUCUCAACAAGAAAUCUCCACCGUCCGUUUGUUAUUCCUAAAAUCUUACCUUCUUCUUCUCCUCUGGUCUCUGAGAAACUGCAAAUCACUCUCUUCUCUCCUCUCUCCUCUCUCUAGCUCUACCCUCUGGAAUGGCGUCUCUUCAGCAAACCAUGUUAUCUCUGCAAUCGAAACUUCCACCAUCUUCCUUUCAAAUCGCGAAAUCUCUUCCUAUUCGAAGAACAAACUUACCACUCCGAAUCGGUGGGGGAAACGCGGCGGGAGCGAGAAUGUCAGCUACAGCAGCCGGAAGUUACGCUAUGGCUCUCGCAGAUGUUGCGAAGAGGAACGAUACUCUUGAAUUAACGAGUGCAGACGUAGAAAAGCUAGAGAAGGUAUUCUCAGAUCCACAGGUACUCAAUUUCUUCGCCAAUCCGACCGUCGAGGUCGAGAAGAAGCGUCUCGUGAUCGACGAGAUCGUGAAAUUUUCGUCUCUCCAGAGCCACACCUCGAAUUUCCUCAACAUCUUGGUCGAUGCGAAUCGGAUCAACAUAGUGACGGACAUCGUGAAGGAGUUCGAGAUGGUGUACAACAAGAUAACGGAUACGCAAUUGGCUGAGGUUAGAUCGGUGGUGAAACUGGAGCCGCCGCAACUUGCUCAGAUCGCCAAACAGGUUCAGAAGUUAACCGGAGCGAAGAACAUGAGGGUUAAGACGAUUCUUGAUCCGAGCCUUGUCGCUGGGUUCACGAUUCGGUAUGGCGAUUCCGGGUCGAAGCUUAUUGAUAUGAGUGUGAAGAAGCAGCUUGAGGAUAUCGCUGCUCAGCUAGAACUCGGCGAGAUUCAGUUAGCUGCUUGAAAACAAUUGCAUUGAGAAUCGCUUUUUGUUGUGCAACUUAAUUCUUUGUCUCUUCUUGUUCUUUUUCUCCAUCGAUCAUCAACAUGAUAUGUAUACAGUUAUAAUAGUUAUAAUAAUUUCAGGCUAUUUUCAAUUAA